AUGACACCCCCACUUAUCACUCUCGAAGAACACUGGUACAGUGACGCUGUCUUCAACUCAUUCGACAGCCCAAUGAAACGAAAGUUCGGGGAUUGGCCAGGUCUGUUAGACAAACUAUUCGAUGCCAACGAGAUACGCCUCAAGGACAUGGAUCAGGGCAAUAUCGCUUUGCAAGUCAUCUCACACUGCCUUUCUGAGGACCCCUCGCUCAGUGUGUGCCAGGCGGGUAAUGACCAGCUGUUGAAGGAGGUCAACAAAUCAGCACAGACAAAAAAGCGAUUCGCUGCAUUCGCCAUACUGCCCCUCGCAGAGCCCGAAGCCGCAGCGGUUGAAUUGGAGCGGACCGUUACUGAGCUUGGUUUCGUCGGCGCUUUGGUCGACCACAAGACUCAGAAGGGUUUCUGUGACGGCUCGGAGUACGAUGUGCUUUGGAGCAAAGCCCAAGAGCUUGACGUUCCCAUCUACCUUCAUCCGGCAUGGCCCACGGAAGAGAUGUUUCGAAAUUCAUACGUCGGCAACUAUUCUCUUCAGUCUACGGGAGCCUUGGCCAGCUCCAUGUGGGGUUGGCACAGCGAGGUUGGCCUGCAUGUUCUUCGCCUCCAUUGCGCGGGAGUUUUUGACAAGUUCCCGAGGCUCAAGGUCAUUAUUGGGCAUUUCGGGGAGAUGAUGCCGUUCAUGCUCCAGCGUAUUCACAACAAUGAGGCGAGGAUGGGCGAACGAAAGCGCCCUUUUAAGCAGGUCUGGGAUGAGAAUAUUUGGAUUACUACAUCCAGCGUUUGGAGCUUGGACCCGAUGCGGUGCAUUCUUGGAAACACCAAGAUUGACCAUAUCUUGUACAGCGUUGACUACCCCUUUUCGUCGAACGAGGCUGGCCUCAAAUGGUUCAAGGAGUUGGAGGAUAGCGGUUUGUUGACCAAGGAUCAGCUCGAGAUGGUGGCGCACAAGAAUGCGGAGAAAUUGCUCAAGAUUAGCCUAUGA